AUGAGCGAACAGCUCAAAUUGAUCGUUGAACAGCUGAACAGGGAGCCUUUUAAGAAAAACUUCAAUCUCAUUACAUUUGACUCUCUGGAGCCAAUGCAGUUACUGCAGACUAUAAAUGAUGUUCUGGCUGAAAUUGAUCCAAAGCAAGCCAUUGAUAUACGUGAGGAAAUGCCUGAGCAGACAGCUAAGAGAAUGUUUACUCUUCUUGGGAUGCUGAAAUACAAACCUCCUGGAGGAAUGUCUGAAGUAAGCAGUUUUCGUCAGGGUUUGGUGAUAGGCAGUAAGCCUGUGGUGCACCCCAUCUUGCACUGGCUGUUACAGAGGAUUCCAGAGCUGAAGAAGAGAGCGUACCUGGCCAGGUUCCUCGUCAAACUAGAGAUUCCUGCUGAGUUUCUCCAAGAUGAUAUCAUUGCUGAGACCUUCCACCAGUAUGAGGAGCUGGUGGGGGGAUUCAAGAACAUCCACAAAGAGUGUGAACAGCUGAAGAGCUCAGGUUUCUCCACCGCUGAGAUCCGUCGGGACAUUGUUGCAAUGGAGGAGGAGAAGGAUCAACUCAUAAAAAGGGUGGAGCGGCUUAAAAAGAGGGUGGAGGCAGUGUCAACCCAUCAACGCAUGCUGGAACUGGCCAGACAGCUAAGAGUGGAAAAAGAAAGAGAAGAAUCUCUUGCUCAUCAGAAACAGGAGCAGAAGAACCAGCUCUUCCAGGCAGAGCAGAGACUGCAGAGAUGUCAGAUCCAGCUUAAAGACUUGCAGCAGGCAGCCGCAGAUGAAAAGCCAGAGAGCCUUAUGAAGAGACUCGAGGAGGACAUUAAGUUCAACUCCUACAUGGUGUCUGAGAAGCUGCCCAGAGAGCUGGAGAACAUGAGAAAGGUGGUGCAGUACUUCCAGAAGGUGGCGUCUGAGCCUGCUUUGGGCCAAGCAGAACUGAGGGAGCUGGAGGACAAGAUCAGAGAAACCAACACAGAGAUCAACCAUCUGAUUGAGAAGAGGAUGAUGCGUAACGACCCAAUGGAUGAUAAACUCUCUUUGUUCAGACAGCAGGCUGCUAUUAUAGUCCGUAAGAAGGAAACCAAGGUGGAGGAGUUGCAGGAGGCCCGUGAGGAGUUGGCAGCUGUGGAGAGAGAAAUGAACAUGAAGAGCAGUCAGGCACGAGAGCGGGGUGGAGCAGAGCUGAUCCGUGGAGAUGAGUUUAAGCGAUAUGUGGCCAAGAUGCGUGGCAAGAGCAGCACUUAUAAGAAGAAACGCCAGGAGAUCGCUGAGCUGAAGGUGGAGUAUGGUGUUCUACAGAGGACUCAAGAAAUCCUGAGAGAGCGACACACAGCUGGACAACAGCAGCUGCAAUCUCUGGAGGCUCAGCGGGGGAUCUCGGGCUACAGCGAUACUCAGGAAGAGCUGGAGAGAGUCUCCGCUAUUAAGAGCGAGCUGGACGAGAUGAAGGGACGAACACUGGACGAUAUGUCUGAAAUGGUAAAGAAGCUGAAUUCGGUGAUAGCAGAGAAGAAGUCUGCUCUAUCUCCUCUGAUAAAGGACCUGAGAGCUUUGAGACAGGAACACGCGGAGCUCGCUCCAGAGUUUGAGCAAAAGAAGGCUCAGUAUGACACCUGUGCUGCAGGACUGGAGAGCAACAGGUCCAAGUUGGAACAGGAAGUGAGGAUGCUCAGGGAAGAGACGGCACAGGAAGAAAGCCGAUAUCAUCACAUUAACUGCAUGAGAGAGAUUAUUGAGAGUCAAAUGGAGAGGGCAGCAGAUCAGAGUAAGAUCAAUCAGUCAAUGGACUUACAGGUGCGGAGGACGGCUCUCAGAGAGAAGUACAUCGCGAACACGGCGGAGCAGGAGUCCUUGGGCAAGGGUCUACGUCAGCAGGUGAAGCAGGUGCGAGAGAACCAGGAGCCCAAUAUGAGACAGAUGAAGAUGUGGAAGGACCUGGAGACUCUGUUGGAGUGCAAGAAGCAGUGCUACCUCAAGGCUCAGAGCCAGGCCCCUAUUGGGCACGUCAUCCAGGAUGUUGGCAAGGAUAUGCUGGUUCUGUGAUGCCAUUUCCCUUGUAAAAGUUGUUUUUCUGGUCAUUAUUAUAUGAAUUAUAUAAAUAACUGUAUACAUUAUUAAAUAUGUAAAGUUGUGUGUAUGUUAAUUUGUAUAAUAAGGAAUAGUUCACCCAAAAAUGAAAAUUUGCUAAAAAAUUACUUGCCC